CUUCCACACGAUCAUAUAAAGGACUCUACAUUAAGAGAGGUCGGUGCUUUUCAGAAGACUCAGGAGAAAGGGCAGCGACUCGAGACUUCUUCAGCACCGCGCAAAAGAACCCGCUACUUGCUCUUCAAGAAAAAUGUGAAGGGGUCGCGCGCAAGGUAUUCCUCGUUGCUGUAAACGUGAUAUAACACCGCCUGUAUUGGAACCUUAUUCGACCUGCAUUUGGUGCCACAGAACCUUUCUGAAAGAGAGCAGAACAGAAGGAGCGAAACAGCAAGCUGAGAAAAGAGAGCGCUACGGACUACAGACAUGGGCGCGGAAAACAGCAAACCCGGUCAACGAGGAGAAACAGAGAUAAUUGAGGAACUAGUGAUUCAGUAGAGAGAGACAUGGACACGACUACAAGGAGAAGAAGAAAUAGUAUAGAGGAACCACCUUAUCUGUCAGAAGACCAUGACAGAGAAAAGAUUGAAGAGUUCAGCAGAGACUUCAAGAGGAUUGAGGAGUUCGUCCGGCUGUUUGAAGAGGAGAAGUGGGUGAUUGAAGGACUCCUCAGAGAACUCAGUGGAAUCGCUGAUGGACUGGACGAGGCCCACAGGAAGGCAGCCAUCGCUAAGACCACAGGGAGCUGUGUUAGUGCAGUUGGGGGGAUCAUGACCAUUACAGGGCUGGUUCUGGCUCCUUUUACAUUUGGAGCCUCCACUGUACUGGCUGCUGCAGGGGUUGGUGCUGCUGUAGCUGGAGGAGCCACCAAUGUUACCACAGAAAUAGUACAGGCUUGCAGUGAUAGAGAUGAUAACAAGAGAGUAGAGGAAAUAUUGGGUAUAAUUCAAUCUAAAAUGAGUGCACUUGGAGAAUCAGUCAAUAAGGCCUGCCUAACACUUUCUAAGUGGGAUGAAUAUCAUAUAGAAGAGGUUCGGCUUAUAUUAAAAGCAGGUCGUCAGUUUGGUUCUGCAUGCCGUGCUGUCGGUAACAUUGCUUCCAUGGUAAAGACGUUUAAAAUACUUAGAGCUAACCCCGCCCUCAAAGCACUGGCGAAGCAAGUGACUGCAGUAAGCAGCAGCGCUGCAAAGGGAAUUAAAGGCGUGAAUGCUCUCAAAGGUGUGGUUUCCAAAGCUGCACCUGUUGGACUCUCGAAAGGAGCCAGAAUAGCUGGAGGUGUUGUUGCCGGAGUCUUUGUGGCUUGGGAUGUCUAUGACAUCGCUAAGAACUCCAUUGACAUUCAUAAAGGGUGUAAGACUGAAAGAGCACAAGAGAUUCGAGAGCUGGUGGAAAAUGUAAAAGGAGUUUUGAAAAAACUGGAAGGCGUCUCUUCAGACAUGAAGGGAGGUAUGUGAGAUGAUCGUGUGUAAAACACGGCAGUCAGGGCUAUCGAGGUCCGUGCAUUCCAAAGCGAUCUUCCUGUCAAAUCUGCUCACGCCCCAGCAGUGGAAAGCGGCUUUGCGAUUUAACCAUUUUAAAUUACAGUUAAUAACAUUGCACUGAACCAUUGCGAUUUCCAGUCUCAUGAUCUCAGGGACGCGACUUUCGGGGCUUGAAAUAUCCGUGAUCUCUCGGGGCGGCGGCAGCCAAACCAACCAGCUCUGAAUUUCAUGUGCAAAAUCCUGUAGCUUUAAUAUUAGCGUGUUGAGAGCAUUGAUCACCCAGCGGCUAUCCAGUGUAAAAUGAACUAAUUACAGCGCGCAGCAUAAACCGCUAGGAUACGCAAAAUACGCUUAUAUAUACUAAUCCAUUGAAGCUCACGCUAACUGACUAUUAUUAUUAUUAUUAUUAUUAUUAUUAUUAUUAUUAUUAUUAUUUAUUUCUUAGCAGACGCCCUUAUCCAGGGCGACUUACAAUCGUAAGCAAAUACAUUUCAAGUAUCACAGUACAAGUAAUAAUACAAUUAAGAGCAAGAUAAAUACAAUGACUUUGGUUCAAGCAAGUACAAGUGUGACAAAAUACAAUUCAAUAACAGAGCAGAUAACAGUGUCAGUGAUAGUUACAUCAGGAUAUAAUUAAAUACAAAAUACUACAGAUUAAACACUUGGCAGAUUACAGUACUCUGAAGUACAGGAUUAAAUGCAGUAAAAUAGGGGGCAGAUAAGAGCAAAUAAAGUGCAUUUAAGGAAGGGUGACUAUCUCUCAUGUGAAUUGAAAGAUAAUGAAAUUGCAGCUGCUGUGUUUCCUUUCCUUUCCUGUUAUAUUUGACAUAAUCCUGUAUUAUCUGAGUCUCUGUUCUGUACGAAACGCAACCUCUGUGCUUUUGAAAGAAAAUGAAUAAAAUGAUAUUAAUCACAUACGGGGUGUGUGCGCUGUGUGUGUUUUCAAUGUCACUGGCUUUGAACUUGC